AUGGAUUCGGUGGUUGAGUCUCUUGUACAAGAAUGGCUUCGUUUGGACAAAAAUCCAUCAACGAGAGCAGAAAUAGAAAAAUUAUAUGGUGAAAGGAACAUUGAAGAAUUAGGAAAACGACUCCUUAAUAGGAUCUCUUUUGGUACAGCAGGUCUUAGAUCAAAGAUGGAAGCAGGAUUUUCUAGAAUGAAUGAUUUAACAGUGAUUCAGGCUUCUCAAAAACAAAAAAAUGGAGAAUGGAUAACUUUUUCUGGUGACCAAAUCGGUGUAAUGCUUGCUUGUUCUAUUUUAGAUGAUUAUAAGAAAACUGAGAAAGUAGCAAUGUUAGCCAGCACCGUUUCAUCCAAAAUGUUAUCAAGUAUAGCAAAAAAAGAAGGAUUUUAUUUUGGUGAAACAUUGACGGGAUUCAAAUGGAUAGGCAAUGAAGCAAUCAAUCUAGAAAAAAAUCAAGGUUAUGAUGUUUUAUUUGCAUAUGAAGAAGCUAUCGGGUUUAUGAUUGGUGAUAUUGUUAGAGAUAAAGAUGGAGUUACUGCAUUAGCUGUAUUUGCUGAAUUGACGGUACAGUUAAAAAAACGUGGAACAACAGUUUCGGAGUAUUUAGACGAAUUAUACCGAAGGUAA